AUGCUGUGUGCGGGCGGCAAGUUGGGCGAAGAUUCGUGCCAAGGCGACUCUGGUGGACCGUUGACGGUGGAAUCGAACGGGUCUGUCCAGUUGGUGGGUGUGGUCAGCUGGGGCGUCGGCUGUGGCAACCUGGGCAAUCCUGGCGUGUACAGCCGCAUCUCGAUCGCCCGCGACUUCAUUGAACCCUUCAUCACCACGUCCCCCGCCACUGGCUCUAAUACCACCAACCAUUCUGCCAGCCCCAUGACCCCUACUGCGGUCCCGAUUACCACGACCCCAACCAUGGCUCCUAUCACCACUGCCGAAGUACCUAUUACCACGACCCCAACCAUGGCUCCUAUCACUACUGCCGAAGUACCUACAGUGGCCCCCACAGUCACCCAUUCUGCCUGUUCCACGACCCCUACUGCGGUCCCGAUUAACCCGACCCCAACCAUGGCUCCUAUCACCACUGCCGAAGUACCUACUGUGGCCCCCACAGUCACCCCUACGACUGCCUCGCCGUCCAAGUGCAAUGGCUGCUCUACCUGCUUCUACCCUACGCUGAACCACUGCUUCCCCCCUGCAUACACCAAGCCGACCUGUGCCACGUUCGCGAGUUUGGGGGCGUUCUGGUGCGGCAACUAG